AUGUAUAAGAGCCCAGGCCCCGACGGGAUAUAUCCGGCGCUCUUACAGAAGGGAGGUCCGCAGCUCCUCCAGAGGCUGCUGCCAACACUAAGAGCAAGCCUUGCUCUUGGGCAUGUGCCCUAUAAAUGGCGGGAGGUCAGAGUUGUUUUUAUCCCCAAACCGGGCAAGUGCAGCUAUGACAACGCCAAAUCCUUCAGGCCUAUCAGUCUGAGCUCUUUCCUCUUGAAAACAUUGGAGAGGCUCGUUGACAGGCACAUCAAAAUGGGAGCUCCGAGGACCAAUCCGAUCAGCCUCUCUCAGCACGCGUACCAGGUCGGCAGGUCAACGGAGACUGCCCUGCACCGCCUGGUGGGCAAGAUCGAAGGUGCUAAAGCAAGAAAAGAGGCCACGCUCGGUGUCUUCAUUGAUAUCGAGGGGGCUUUUGACAACACUUUCUUCAGCACCAUGGAGAAAGCAGCAGCAUCGUUCGGCAUCGAACAGCCCAUCAUCAGAUGGAUAGCUGCUAUGCUCCGAACAAGAACGGUCUCCUCCUCCCUGGGCGACAGCACGGCACUAGAUCACGUACAGCGAUGGUGCACAUCGAAUGGCCUCAAGGUUAACCCCGGAAAGACCGAGAUGGUGCUCUACACUGACAAGAGGAAAUUGGUGGUCAAACCCCCCUCUAUCUAUAACACUGUACUGAGCUUCUCAGAGGACCUAAAGUACCUGGGUCUAUGGAUCGACAGAAGACUCAGCUGGAAAAAGCACAUCAACAUGCAAACCAGCAAAGUCAUAUGGACAUACUGGGCCUGCAGAAGGAUGUUUGGAAGCACGUGGGGGCUAAGACCCACGGUCGUAAGAUGGAUCUCUACAGCCAUCAUGCUCCCACAACUAACCUAUGCAGCUGUUGCCUGGUGGCCGGCCAUGAACAAGGCCUGCCACAGGAAAACGGUGGAGAGACUGGGGAGGCUUGCUCCGCUGGGAAUUACGGGGGCGCUUAGAACGACUCCCACCUCAGCAUUGGAGGCGCUACUCUUCAUGCAGCCGCCACACCUCAUCAUAAGAGAUGUGGUGCUGUCAACAGCAGCCAGGCUGAAACUAACUGGCACCUGGAGUGAAGCCAAGAGGGGACAUGCUUCGCUCCUUACGGAGGACAGGGUGCUCCUUGGCUCGCUGUCCAAAGGGGGAGACACAUGCAGAACUGAAUGGCACCCUCACAAGAGGUUCAAAGUCAACCUAGGCACUGUGGACACACAGGCCUGGGUGCACUCUAAAUGGUCGCCACCUCACGGGCUGGUCUGGUACACGGACGGCUCCAAGAGGUGCGGCGGAGCGGGAGCAGGAGUGUGGUCCAAUCGACCCUCCGUUGAGAAGGCCCUUGGACUGGACCCACACGCCACCCCGCUUCAAACAGAAUUAGCUGCUUUGAGAGCCUGCGCCAGGAUCAUACUGGCCAGGCAGGACAAGGGCAAGGUAAUACACAUCUACUCGGAUAGCAGGUGGGCACUAGGGGCCCUACUUAAACACGAGAGUGGCUCCAGGUUGGUAAACGACUGCAUAGAGUUGAUGAACAAAGUUGCAACCUGCAACAAAUUAAAGGUGUCCUGGAUACCAGGCCACGCCGGCAUACUUGGCAACGAAAAAGCCGAUAUGCUGGCCAAGCAAGGAUAUCAGACAAUGAAGCCGGGGGAUGAAGACCACGUUGGCGUUCAUUCAGACUAUAUAAACGAAACAAUCCAAAAGCGCGCCGACAGGGGAGUGGUGGAGAGAUGGAACUCAAGGAUGGGCGCCAGACACACCAGAUCCCUUCUCCGCGAACCCUCCAGGAAACUGGAUGACGAACUCGUGUCCCUGAGCAGGGUUAAGCUGCGAGCCCUUUUAGGGCUUAUUACGGGACACUGGCUGUUAGCUGCCUACCUGGCGAGAAUCGGACCCCACCAUCUCAGUACAAAAUGCAGUGGUCUUGAUGAACUCCGUUUGGAUAUCUUUGAGACCACCUGCCUUAAAGAUCUUUACGUCGACAGGGACGGCUUCAAGGGACUCUACGAAUUCGCACGUGGGGCACAGAUGCUGACACCUCUCGACUAG